AUGGGUUUGAAAAAGAGUGCCCACAGGGACGCCAUCCUUCGUCCUGUCCCUUCACCCAAGGCUGUCCAGUAUGGCUCGACAAAGGACCUACUUUUCUUGCCGAUACCCGGUCGAUUGCGCUAUCGAUCUGAUAAAUCAUUCGAAACCGGCAUUUGGAUGAACUGUGGGCUUAGCUUCGCGGCUACGUUUCUGAUAUCCAAUCUAUAUUACUGUCAACCGCUCUUGAUUCAGAUGUCCAUAUCCUUCGCCGUCUCAUAUGAAAGAAUAUCACUCAUACCAACGCUCAUUCAAGUAGGCUACGCCGUGGGCAUGCUCUUCAUUUGCCCUCUCGGCGAUCUCAUCCGAAGGCGGCAAUUAAUUCUCUUCCUUGAACUCAUCACUACUGCACUGACGAUCGGUCUCGCAACGACGCGCAAUUUACACCUCUUCGAGGCCAUCAGUUUCCUGGUCGGCCUCGCCAACGUUUCUCCACAGAUCCUAGUGCCACUCGCUGCGGACCUCGCCCCUCCUGCCAGGCGCACUUUCGCGUAUUCGAUCGUGCUGGUUGGUAUGCUCUCUGGCUUGCUCCUCGCACGCGUCCUGGCGGGGUUGAUCGCGCAAUUUUCGAGCUGGCGCGUGGUGUACUACAUGGCCGUCGGCGUGCAGUGCGCAGUCCUGAUCCUGUGCUAUUGCAUCAUACCCGACACACCACCGAAGAAUAGGCAGAUGACAUAUUGGGGCAUUUUGUGGUCAAUGGCGAAGUACGGUGUCACAGAGCCCGUCAUGGUGCAGAUUGAGCUCCUCACAGUCGCGACAAGUACUGCUUUUGCGAGCUACUGGGUCACGCUUACCUUCUUGCUUGGUGGAGAGCCUUUUAAUUAUUCUACGCUCUCCAUCGGACUUGUUGGCCUCGUCGGAAUAGGAGGAAUGACGAUAGGCCCAUUUGCUGGGCGCUUAAUGGAUCACAUCUCGCCGUGGUACGGCAUUUUCAUGGGCACCGUCUUCCUUGCCGUCUUCCAAGCGAUCCAUACUGCAGCGGGAGGAUUCAGCCUCCCAGCGCUGAUAGUUUCCUGCAUCGGGUUGGAUGUAAUGAGGCAGAUACAGAACGUCUCAAUAGUGGCCUGCUUAUUUGGCAUCGACAUGGCGGCUACCUCAAGACUUAACUCACUCUUCGUGCUAUCGUACUAUAUUGGCCAGCUCACGGGGACGUCCGUUGGGACGAAAGUAUUCGUGGACAGUGGUUGGCGAGCAUGCGCGGCUCUGGGUGUGGCUCUCUAUGCCUUCCAGAUUGCUGUUCUGCUCCUCCGCGGACCACACUGCCAGAGGACGACGUGGUUCGGCUACGAGGGUGGUUUUGGUUUUUUGAAAUCGGUCCCAAAGGCUGUAGACGAGAUGACUACUCAGAAGGCGGAAAUUGAAGUCGCGUGA